AUGUAUCCAAGAGGACUACAUCAAUCACAGCAACGACCGACGAAUGUUUCUAAUUCUAGAAUGCCUGGGGCAAGACCAAUGGUACCAAACCAAAGGAUGCCAAUGUCAGGAGGAACUUUUGAUCAAAACAAAAUACGGUCUCCUGCGUUAGGAGGACCACCAGGAGUUGAUCAACGACAUAAGAUGGCAGACAAAUUGAUCGCCGAUUGUUACUCAAAGAUCAUUAUCGAUAAAAAUGGUAAAAAGUUCACGGAUACAUCAUAUCAAACUCACGUAUCAAUCAAAGAAUACUCAUCUUUUCCCUCACACCCACCUCCAGAUAACUUACCUCCACAAGAGAUCGGCAGCAUAAAAGAUCGUAUUCUCGUAAUAUGCGUGAAGCAUUCAGGCAGAGUACUUAUUCAAAAGGGUAAAUUCAAUAGCACAAAGAAUGUUUUUCAGAUAGGACGUACGUGGGAUAUGGAUGAGCUUAAAACAAUCACAAAAGUGGGCGAUAAUGGCAUAAUUCUAUCGUUGAACAAGGAUUACUAUUGGAAAAUAGAGGAAGGUCUAGAAAGAGUCUGGAAAUUUGCUCGCUUCCUUACAAGCUCAUAUGGAGGUUUUAUGGGUAGAUAUCCAUCAUUGCGUGGGUUUACGCUCCAAGAUUUCAAGUUACCACCUGUCCCGGCUAAGAAGGAGGGAUCACUAGCCAAUCGAAGCCAAACUGCAAGUGCCAAUACAAAUCCAAGUACAAAUGGAAACCACGCUUCUCCACAGAUUGGUGCAAACGAAUUUUAUAAAGGAUUCGAUUUUACCUCAAACGGCAAGUUACCAAUGAAACCAAUGAAAGUGAUGCAAAGUGACCGACCAUCUAAUAGCGACUUGAACAGGGCUUCUCAUGAUUCAGCCAGCAGAAACUCCGAUGAACUGAGAGCGGGAAGUCGUAAAAGAAGCUCCUCUAUUGGAAGUAAGCAUUCUACUACAGAUUCUCAGAGUUUUGUAUUCAAAACUAAGGACAGCUAUCUGCCGGAGAGAAUUCAUGAAUAUAACGAGAUAAACGAAGAAAAAUCAGAAUCAUCCCAAAAAGAUUAUCAUGAAAUGUAUAGGAAGGGCUCAAGUUUUCACAAAGAAAAUUUCGAAACUUUAGAAUCAUCUCCAGCUUUAGGGAUCUCUGAGGACAAGCAAUCGAGCAAUCGAGAAGAGGGAAAAAGAAAAAGCUUUAAAAGUUCGAUAUCUGGGAUACAAGAUUUGAACCAGGAGCUUGGAAUAGAGGAAGUCAGUGACGAUAGCGAGCAAAAUGAGAAAAGUACUCAUUUGCGACCGUUGAGUGGUGAACUGCGAUCGGAGACCGAAGUCAUAGAAGAGUCUACGAAGCUCAGCGUGGAUGAAAGUUUUGAGGAACAAGAGUCGCGGUCUACUAAUAAUGGUGGUAGGCUAGAUAAUAUUGAUUCUUCCAUCCAAGAAAUAGAAGACUUUAUGGAUUCGCAGCUUUAUUUUGGGAACUCCCAUAGUAGAAAAGGUUCUGUUUUAUCUAAAAAAGCAUCUUUCCCUGAAUCAAUAGAUAGCGUACCUAGCUUAAGACCUUCGAAAAGCGCCAAUACAGAUGAGACUUUCGACAGUUUUGACAACAAAUCCCUUGUUAAAGGUAAUGCUCCUUUAGAAGCAAAUUUUAUGGCCAAUAAUGAUGUCAUUGGUGCUUCCAAAGAUCCUGAGCUCGAAGAAUUUUUGGAUGAUGUUGGCUGGACUUUAUCAGACGAUAGCUCUUCAUUGCUCAAGAAAUUACUGAAAGAAAGAAAUAAAGUGAAGCAUCAAAACAUAAGAGAACUCAUCAACUUGGAUUUCAGGGAAGAGUCAGAAUCAAACGAUUUUGCUAUUUCAUUAAGUGAAGUUGAAAGUUUAGGUCAUAUUUUUAAGAAAAUGGAAAUAGACUUCAGGCUUUUGUCUUCCGAUGUCAACCUAAUCGAGAAUAAUUCAAAAGGAUUGCAGGUUAAAUCUGUAAAUAAAAAAUUGCUAUAUAAUGACUUGAAAAAUAUCCUAGGCAAAGUGAGCAUUGGAUCUGAAGAUUUGCAUUCUAUAGAAUCAUUUAAUGAGUUUGAUAGGCUCGGAAAAUUGGAAGGCUUAGAACAAAAGCUCGUGGAGCUAUUUAAUGCGCUAAGUACCAUUCAAGAGGAUUCAUUAGAACCUGAUGAUGACUUGAGUUCAAUGAGUGCCUUGAAGCAGUAUUGUAUUAAAUACGAGAAUGUUGCAAGGAGAUUUGUUCGUCAUUUCGUGUCUUUUUUCACAUCACAGUUUGAUUUAUUGAUUAAAGAGUUCUCUGAAGAUGUCGAUAAAUUUUAUCCCUCUGCCGCCUUUCGUGAACUAAACAACUUAUUGAUCUAUUCAUCGUUUACAUACUUCAUGAAAGGAGUAUCUGCGGACGAGUUUCAGUCUUUAAGCUCGCAUGUCAAUAAGCUGAUAAGUAUAUUUUUGGAAAGUCUUAUCAAGCAUAAAGUUAAAAAUAUAAAUUCUACAUUGCAUCUGCUGGCUUCUUUUGUCAGCCAAAAAGUUGAAAACUCGCUUCAUGAGCGGUCUCGUUCUUUGAGAUUCAGCAGGCGGGAGAAGCAUCUCGGAAGAGCAACAUCUAGUGGUAGUGAACGUGGCAAAAGCAAUAAUGAAACUUCCUCAGGAAGUCAACUCUAUAAAAGUUCAAAUAUCGAUGAUCCUAGGAUAGUGGUUUCAUUGGUUGAAGAUACGAAAAAUCUAAUCUGGCUUUUUCAGUACUUUAUUGGAAGCUUCUUUCACUUUAACACCACAACCUUGGAUUUUAUCGAUUAUUUAGAGCUUUAUUCGUUUCUGGAAAGAAGAAAAAUACUUGACAUCCCUUCGGUUGAUAAAGUCGAUCAAAAAUCUUACUCAGAAAAUAUGAUCACUACUAUGAACCUGGUCUUUGGAUCAUAUAUUAAUAUUUUCAUGAAGAAAGUAACACCAGCUGAAACUAAUAUUCCAUCAUUAUUGGUAUAUUUAGAUGAUCUCGUUGAAAAGUAUCAAAAUUCAAACCAAGAAUUCUUAGUUUUCAACUUUUUGAAAAAAGUCAUCGAGAAAUUCAAGACACUCUGGCAAAAGUUUAUGGACUCUCAAAUAGAUAUCUUGAACAAGUCAACAAUAAUUGCAAAAUGCGGAAUUUUGCCAGGCGUUAAAAAUAUAAGUCAAUUGCUUUUGGCAACAGAAUCGUCUUUGGAAAAGGUGACUGUGAAUGAGGAUGUGAAUGUAUUAAUGAGAAAAUCAUAUCAGGAAAUCUCAAUUGCCGCUUCCCAUUUGUUCAUGCGAGAUGAUCCUCUAUUAAAGAGUCACGAUUUCGAUGAUAAAGAAAGAGAGCACAGAAAUGUAAGUGUAAUUCAAAAUGUCUUCUUUCUUUUAGAGCAACUCAGUGUGACAAAUAAUGACAAUACAAGUGAAUUACAAACAAAAUUAGAGCAAAUUUUCCAAAAGUUUAAAGAAAGCUAUUUUCAAAGGUUAUUACACAAGAACAUAGGGAAGAUGGUUGAAUUUGUUGACAAUUAUGAGGCUCUUGACAAAUUAAAUAGUGGAAAACCGAAGAAAUAUAAUAAAAAAUACGUCAAGACUUUAUUAGCAAAUUAUUCCCAGAAGGAUAUUUCUUUGAAAGCACUGGAAAUUUACAAGAAGCUUGAAAAGCAUUAUAUUAAUGGUAACGAUAUGUUUGAAAAAGAUUUACUUGAUAGUUUAUGGUCUGAUAUGGAACAACAGUUUAUCAGCUAUUUUACUAGAUUGAACAACAUCCUUCGAAGCAACUUUGACAAAGAUAUUGAUAUUAAUAUUUCGUCAUCUGAGAUUCACACAAUAUUCAAGUCGAUACAUUAA